UAUCUUCGUGUUUUGUGCGUACUUAACCAUUUAUUUGUAGACAUUUCGGAGUGUCUGUUUCUCUUUUCUUCUUCCCCAUUGACGGUAGUCCGGUUCUCUCUGUCUCACGUGAUUGAGGACAGAUGAAACAAUCGAAUCCCGAGAAGCAGGAGCAAACAUCCGGAUAGUGUUACAUCCGAUCUGAUGCCGGUUUCAAGAUCACACAAAGAUGCCUGUGACACUGCUAAGUCUGAUUUUUGCGGCUCUGUUAACAGGGGCUGUGGCAAACCCUGACGUGGGGGAGAUGAAGUAUCUGACCACUCUUGUAUCACCCAACUAUCCCGACCCGUAUCCCUACGACACAACCCAAGAAUGGAUCCUGGAAACCGCACCUGAUGAAAAGAUGACCGUUCUACUAUAUUCACUCGAGCUCGAACGGUUUUGGGACAUGCUCAGUUUUACCCACAUUUCACACCAAGACAAUAUUGUUACAUCAUAUCGACUGGGCACGAACGCAGUGACAUCACUGUCCUUGGCGAGUGGCCACCUCAGCGUGCAUUUUUGUAGUGACCGAGUCCUGGAUUUGAAUGGUUUUGCCUUGAAUAUCUUUACCGCAGAUAAUCACAUUCCUACAAACGAGAGCGAUAUCGGCGACUUCAUCUGUGAAUCAGAAACACAGAGUAUUUCCUAUAGCUCCCGAUGUGAUAUGAUUGUGGACUGUCAUGAUUUUUCCGACGAAGUUGGUUGUGGUGUUUGCCCGGAUGACAGCUUUCAUUGCCGAGAGACUGAUGUCUGUAUCCUACCUGGACUUCAAUGUGAUGGAUGGCAAGACUGCCCGCAUGGAGAUGACGAGGAGAUAUGCGAAACGUUAAAAUGUCCCGCUGGUUGCUCCUGUGGCGAGUCUCCUUUCAAUGAAGGCCAUGGGCCCCAGUCGCAACCCUGUAGCAAACCAACAUGGCUGUCGUUCUGGGUUAAUUGUAGCAACACCUGGAACGGAGAUUAUGCCAAGAAUACUGCGAUUAAAUCGACUGUCAUAAAUCUGAGUGGCACGCCGUUAUACGAGAACCUUGAGGUAUCAUCAUUCUACGGUCUCCAUCAGCUCCAUGCCUUCUACUUGGAUUCCUGUCAGUUGGAGUAUUUACCCCCAGGGGUAUUCCGAGAUCAGAAUCGAGUUUGGCGAAUGGCACUUUUCAAUAAUAGUCUGACUUACCUCGAAAACGGGACAUUUGAAGGACUCACAAAUCUUCGUGCCUUGUAUAUGGAGCAUAACCUUAUAUCAAGAUUGGAUGAAGGCUGCUUCCGAGGUCUCCAUAGUGUCUUCAUUUUUGAUUUGGAGAGCAACAAACUGAGCGAUUUGAGACAUGGAACCUUUGAGGAUUUGGGUGGCUCCUUGGAACGUCUAGCUUUAGAGGCCAACUUGAUCAGAUCCAUCAACUCCUCUCUGCUGGCAGGACUCGAAAAUGUACUGCAGGUUGUGAAUUUUCAAGGGAAUCCGAUCGUGGAAAUCGCCCCGGAAAGCUUUACGCAAAUGCAAGCCCUCGAGGACAUACACCUUCUUUCGGCGAAAUCCAUCAGUCUUUAUCCGGAAAUUUUCAAAUUCGGCCCGAGUUUUCAAACAGUACUUGUCUUUGACCCUCGGAUGUGCUGUAUCAUGCCUGAUGGUGUAACCUGUACCAUCAUUGAGCCACCCCAUCCUCUCUUCACCUGCCGUAAAACAUUCCUCCAAAACAACACCGUCAAAGUCUUCAUUUGGAUAUUAGGGAUCAGUGCCCUCAUCGGGAACGCUAUAGUCAUCUACAUGCGACUCACCGGAAAAUCCAAGUCGUCGGCCAUCGCGUCCAUCCAAUCCACGUUGAUCACCAACUUGGCCGCGGCGGACUUCCUCAUGGGAGUGUACAUGGUUAUAUUGGCUGUCAUGGAUCUGGUGAUUGGUGAUACGUAUUUCUGGGAAGGCAGGGCCCAGGAGUGGCGGUCUAGCCUUUCUUGUCAGAUAGCAGGCUUCAUGUCCUUCCUCAGCAGCGAGGCAUCCGUCUUCUUGGUAACCCUGAUCAGCGUUGAUCGCUUCAUUUGCAUCAUCUUUCCCUUCACCCUUCGACGUUUGACCGUAGGAUCGGCCCGUCUGGCUGUCUUUAUGAUCUGGAUCGCAUCCAUUCUCCUCGCCGUCGGCUCCAUCCUCGUCAACAAACUCAACCCAGACGCGUAUAGCUUGAGCGAUGUCUGCGUCGGCCUGCCUCUCAUCCGCAAGCUCACCGACCUCAAUUCCGAGAUCGAUGCCUACACGUAUUCCCAGUUCGGUCACACCCGAUACAACAUCGUCGCUUCAUCCUCCAUCUCGACCUGGCAGUUCUCCAUCGCCGUGUUUCUUGGCCUGAACCUGAUCAGCUUCUUGGUCAUUCUCGUCAGCUACAUCGCUAUCUUCUUCAAGGUGCGUCUCACCCGUCAGGAGGUCGGACGCAAGGCCGCUGGCUCCUCGGACGACGUCAGGAUGGCUUUCAAGAUGUUGCUGGUCGUCGGGACGGAUUUCUUCUGUUGGAUGCCAAUCAUUGUCCUGGGCAUCCUGGUCCAAGCUGACAUCAUCAUCCUCAGCUCUGACGUUUAUGCCUGGCUAGUUGUCUUUGUGCUCCCAAUCAAUUCUUCUCUUAAUCCCUUUCUGUACACCCUCAUCGAACGAAUCCAAAAAUAAUUGCAUUUCAGAACGAAUAUACCAAAAUUAUGACAAAUGCACAUGUCUGGUGAACAGUCUGUGUAUAGCCCAUCGCACACUAUACGAUCCGACUACGUUGCGAUCCUGGAAGAAUUUUGCAACAGCAUAUAAUAUGAAUAGUCAAAUUUUAAAAUCAGAAUGAUCGAGGAUCUGAAUAGUCUAAUUUAUAAUGUCUAAAAUUCAAGGGAUUUCAAGCUUCUUUUGAGAUGGUAAUUGAAGCUAAUUCUUCUCAGAAUUGAAGUGACGUCAGACAAUGUAUGUGAUGGCUUACGAUUUAAAUUCUGAUUAUAAGGCUUUAAGGCACUGAAAUUCCGGUUCUUAGUACUCUUCUCAUCAAUCAGAAACUAAAUCUGGAAGGUUAUAUUUGUUUUCAUGUCUAAUGUUAUUGCCAUUUCUUUAAAAAUCGGAUCUUAGGAGGACUGUGUAACGUACGCUGCAUGGCACUAUUUUCUAGGUCAUUUCUCGCACCAGUAUGAGAGUUACAUCGCACAAAAAAAAGAGAAAUCCAAAAUGAAUAAUGCAAAAAUUGUUUUGAAGAACUAGCGCAUGCACUUAUUUCCUUCACAUUAGACUUAAUAAAUGUAGGUAUAACGCAAUCCAGAUGACACGUUGUGGUAUACCCGUUGGAUACAAGGCGUCAACUGCUGACAUAUAAUAUAGGAUUGCGUCAACACCUGGCGCAUGCAGUCUUUGACGCACCAAGUGAGAUUGACAUCCUACGAUAUUGAAUGCAGUGCAAACGUUGUGUUGAAAUACUGGCGCAUGCACUUUAUCUCUUCAUAAUUCAAUUGCCGUUGCCUAGUCACGAUGCGUCAUUCCGAAUGCGCUAAAUACAAUGCGGCAGUGCUCCACUUAUUCAACGCAAUGUUCGUACUGUUCAAAUCGUUGACAUCCUCUCGUCCGAAUAAAUGUCUCCUUUGUGACUGUGUCUAUUUAAACAUAUAAAAUCACCCUCACUCGUAAAAAGGAUUACAUUUCACAAGACACCGUAUAUUCUAUUAUUUUUUUUAUCAUUAUUAUUAAGUGUUACACAAAGAACAAACUGAAAGUUAAAAGGAAAUAAUGCGAUGUGUUUGUUUCACAGAAUUAUUAUGGUCACAAUGUCAUACCUAUCUUACCCCCAAAUAUACUAUUAUUCCAAAACCAUUAUGGUAAGAAGAUAUUUAUUGUGUUGAUGUAUCGUGGAGUUUUUGACAAAAAUAGAUACUGGGUUAUCAUGUUCACAUGUUCUGUUAAAACUUACACCAUUUCUGACCAGUAAGGACGUCCAGUUUGCAAAAUGACAGCAAACAUUUUACCAAUCGAGGCUACUGCUCUGUAUUAAAACUAAAUCGAAAUUGCGGGUUUGAAAAGUUUGUUGGACUUUUAUACGAGUGUUAUAUAGGUAUUCUUCUAAUUGUCUACGCAAUUUCGAACAAUUUACUUUUUACUAAAAUAUUAUUGCGUACGUCAUUUUCUCGUAAUAGGCCUAUACACAUUAUGAUGAAUUGUUGAUGUAAUGAUUUGUAUUUAUGUACGUUUUCACAGUAGGUUUGAAUAAAUUCACGUCACGAA